AAAGUGAAAGUGCCGCGGCCGCCUUGCCGCCGCUUUAGCCGCCUCCCCCUCCUCGACUUUGGCUUGGCCGGGUUCACCUUCAAGUGCUCGCCUGGCGGAGCGAGAGGGUGCCGGGGGCAGAGACUCCGCAGGAGAGCGCAGCAUGAACGGAGGGGUGGACUAUCUGCUGUCGGAGGAAGUAAUCCAUCUCACCCGAGGACCUUCAGGCUUGGGAUUUAAUAUUAUUGGCGGGACUGACCAGCAGUAUAUUGCCAAUGACAGUGGCAUCUACGUUAGCCGGAUCAAAGAAAAUGGAGCUGCUGCACUUGAUGGCCGCCUUCAGGAAGGAGACAAGAUUUUAGCAGUUAAUGAUAAGGAGUUGAAGAACAUGCUACACAACAAUGUUGUGGAACUUUUCAGGACAGCUGGAGACAACGUAUCAUUAAAGGUUCAGCACAGGCUACUGCCCCAGAAUGGUCCCUCAAGCCACCGAGGAGAUGGAGAUCCAGGAGGCAUCCCUUUGGCUAUGAUUUUGGUGCCAGCGUUGGCCAUAGCAGCAGGAGCAGCUCUAUUAUGGGGCUUCCUUCGAUAUCGACAGCGGGUGUGAUGAGCAUCAUUUUCCAAAGAUCUUGGUGUCUGGGAAAAUGUAUAUAUUUGUAAAAUAAUUUAAGCAGAAGAAAUCAGCAAUCUUACUCUGGACUGACAUAGGGAAAGGAGCAAUAGAGAAUCAUUGGACAGUGCAGCCUUCCCCAACCUGGUGCCUUUCAGAUGGUGUUGAAUUACAACUCCCAUUAUUUCCAACCUGGCGGGUAUCACUUUGGGAAAGGCUGGAGAACACUAAACAUUUUGGCUGCUUAGGGAGUUUCAAAGUUCAUACACUUAGAAUCUGAAAACUGAUGAGCUGGACAAUCUGACUUCACUGACCCUGAAGAAAAUGGUCCGGUCUUUUCUGAUUUAAUUUUUAUCAUGUGAGUUUUCCUGUGCUCAAAAUUUUUUCACAUGUAGCUAAUCAACGGGGCAGAGUUUGUAUGUUAUGUCCCCUGGCAGAUGAGAUAACUAUCUGUUUUGUCACUUGCGAAACUGCUUCUGAAACAUGAAGGGAACUUCCGGAGCAAUUGCAGCAUAGUUAUGCUUUGAUGUGGGGAGGGUUAGAUCUCAGGUGGAGUGAAGUGUCCUUGAAAAUGCAAGAAAGCAGGUUUGCAUGAUCGAAAGGAGCUUUGUAGAUUGCAGAUGCAGAAUCGAGUCUGAAAUUGAAAAGGAUAUUGGGUUUUUUAAAAAUACAGAUUUAUCUUUGUCCCCUAGGUUUUCUCCAAAGAAUAUUGUCCGUAGUAAUGAAAGAUGAAAGUGAUAAUGAAAACAUCUUUCGUUAACAAGUAGAAUAUUUUGGCAGGGCAGGCUAAACAUCAUUUAAAUUAUGGCUAAACAUAAUUGUAUUUUUGUAGUGGUUCUCUAGCUGAAAAGACAAAAUAUUUCUUCAAAUCUGAGCAUGGAAAUUGACUUAUUGUCUCUUUCUACUCUCUAAGAAUAGAUAAUUUCAAGUAUUGUGCACAACUGAUGGUUUAUUUUGAACAAUCAGGUAGAAUGCAUUGUUUUUAUCUGUGGGUUGAAAGCUGUUAUUGGAAAGUAGACUCUUGCAGAGUUUCCUUCCUUAUAACUUGUUUCAGAUUGGAUAGUCAAGCAUAUUUUUUCUUAAAUUGCUAAAGUGCCAGUUAGCUCUUUCCAGUGAAAAAGCAAUAUGUGUUCAUGAUAGGUAUUUUGUUUCAUUUUGUUUGGAGAGUGUGAACUACAUGUAUGGAAUUCUCUAGCCAUGCAACAAGGCAGCAGUGUUUAUAUAAGCAAAAGUCUGUGAAACGAUGACAAGGUGGUUGAAAGAAAAGCUACAAUGGCAAACACUUGUAUGUUGACUGUAUCACAGAGUUGAACGAUUUAAAUUCCUUAAACUAUCAUUGAUUUUAUUCUGAAAUGGAAUCAGUUUUUGUACUUUGGAAAGGAAAAUUAAUGUAUGAGAAAUGCAGAAUGCCAAAAAUUGUAUGUGCAGUACCUCUUGAAACUUUAAUCUGUCUUGAAUGGUGGGGUUUUUUUCAACUUUUUAAAUUUCUUUAUACUUCUGUACAGGAGAAUGCUUGAGAUAUGCUGGUGCCUGCCUGCCAUAUUUUCCCCUUUCUAUCCCUUUAGCACGGUGGAAGAAGCCUAUCCUUCCUCUAGUUACAUUCAUCUGGAAUGUGCCCAGCCUUUCUUGAAAUAUAAAAUUGUCAUUCCUUAUUGGGAGCCCUAUUCCAGUAACGAGGACUCUGGCCACACCAAUGAAACCUCUCCAAUUUCCACAAGUACAGCACAAUCAUAACAGUAUAAUUUUGUGGAAACGUGCAAAUUGGGAACUCUGACAACAGAGACUUUUAGUGUGCAAGGAAAUAGUAUUGUGGAUCUUCUGUGAUACAGAUAAUCCUCAACUUAUGAUUACAAUAGGUAUCGGAAUGUCUGUUACUAAGGUGUUCUUAAGUGAGUCAUGUCUGAUUUUAUAACCCUUUUUUUUUGCCACGUUUAAGUGAAUCACCCUUAAGCGAACCUGGCUUUGUCCUUUGACUUUGCUUAUCGGAAGCCAGAGAAGGUUGCAAAUGAAAUCUUGUGACCCCCUGGGAUGCUAUGACAAUUGUAAGUGUGGUGAUCGGUCAUAAGUAACUUUUUUCAGUGCUGUUAUAACUUCAAGUGGCCACUAAAGAAAUAGUUGUAAGUCAGUGACUACCUAUAUUUAUUAGGUCAAACUAAUUUGGUUUCAAUCACAGAAUUUUACUGGCUUCAAGUGCUGUCUAUAAAGCAUCACAUUCAAGUAGAGUUUUCCCACUAAAUGUAUUGCAAUAAAAUCAUAAUCAAAUAUU